GGGUGUGGGACAAAACCCUAUUAGAAAAGAGGUUUCUCGGACCUCACUCUCCCGCUUCCAUCUUGUUCUCUCCAUCUUUUCUCUUGCACCCAUCCCAUUCGACGACUCAUCACCUUUUGCCUUCGCAAAGUCGCUUUCACACAUCACAUCAAGAACAUGGUCCAGAACAUCGCAGACGUGCAUUUCGACUCGGUCGAGGAUGCCAUCAAGGAUAUUGCUGACGGAAAGUUUAUCAUUGCUGUCGACAACGAGGACCGUGAGAAUGAGGGCGAUCUGAUCAUGGCUGCGGAGAAGAUUACCACGGAGCAGAUGGCAUUCCUCAUCAGAUAUUCCAGUGGAUACGUUUGCGUGCCAUCGGCACCUUCAAGGCUAAAGGAGCUGGAUCUGCCACUGAUGGUCCCCAAUAACCAGGAGCAGAUGAGGACCGCCUACACUAUUUCCGUAGAUUAUGCGCAUGGCACCACGACAGGCAUCUCUGCACAUGAUCGUGCACUGACCUGCCGCUCCCUUGCCGAUCCUACCAAGACCGCCAAGGACUUCAACCGACCUGGACAUAUCUUGCCCCUGCGCUAUGCUGAGGGCGGAGUCAUUCAACGCUUCGGACACACGGAGGCAUCGGUCGAUCUGUGCAAGCUGGCAAAGUUGCAGCCAGUCGCUGUGAUCUGCGAGUUGGUCAACGAUAGGGAUGGCUCAAUGGCUCGUCGGGACGAUUGUUUUAAGUUUGCGCAGGAGCAUGGUAUCAAGUUGAUUACGAUUGCAGAUAUCAUCAAGUACAGACAGGAGCAUGGUUUGGUUGAGAAUUUUUAGAGUACAGGAUCGUUGAAGUAUUUAUAGAGAGCUUUGAAAACGUGGUGGAGGGUUGUUGGAGUUUGAUCGAUAGAGAUAUCUGGGUGCUUAAGCAGGGAGAUGGAAGAGAUGGAGGAGAUGGAGUCAUUUCUUUAUGCUGUCUUUUUUCCUUACUCAACAAUUGUCUUUUUAUAAUUGCUGCUAUGAAAACACCAA